AUGCCUGGUCUCUGGGACGUGCACACCUACUUCACCGGCCUCGACGUUAUCACUGGUUUUGACACCGGCUUGUUCAACGUCUUGCCGGGAUCCAACGCCCUGAGAUUCCGGGGACUUGGUCCCGCCAUCGAGAAGGGGCGCCUGGUAGGGUCCGACGUGUACUCGGCCAUCACCGCCAUGUCCAUCACCGGAGGACACGGGGAUCAGCACGGCCUCUCCAUCCGGACGGUGAUGAGAUUUGCCAAGUGUGGCGGGCCCUGGUCCAUUGUCGACGGCGCGGACGACUUCACCGAGGCGGUGAGACUGCUCGUCCGUCGGGGAGCGCGGUGCAUCAAGGCAGACGAGAAGUUCAAGGCCAUCGUAGAGGAGGCGGGCCGCAGACGUCGUGCCGUCGCCGCUCACGUCAUUGGGAAGGCGGGCAUCAUGGCCGCGCUCAGGGCGGGCGUCAAGAGCAUCGAGCACGUCAUGUACCUCGACGACGAGGUUGCCGAUGCCAUGCUAGAGAAGGGCGCCAUCUUCGUCCCCACCCACCACAUCUCUUAUCAGUUGGCCAUCAAGAGAGGCAUCAAGAUUGCGCUCGGCACGGACAGCGCCAAGGAGCUGAACUGGGCCGUCGAGAACGGUAUGAUGCCGCGAAGGCACCGCGAAGGCCAGGAUGUUACCGGAGGAAUGGCGCCGCUGAGCAGACAACUUAAGGAAGGAUACGAGGCGGACCUGAUCUCCGUCGCCAAGAAUCCUCUGGAUGACAUUGAGGUUCUGGUGAAGAAGGAAAACAUCACCCAUGUCUGGAAAGGGGGCAAGCUGUUCAAGUCCCCGUAG